AUGUUAUAAUAAGAAUAAUUAUUUAUUGUUCUAAUAGUGUUAGUUAUAAUAGCAAUCAUCAUCGCACAUUUAAUAACCAAAUGCUAAGGAAAAGAAAAGGAGUAAUAAGCAAAGGAUAGAUUGAGAAAGAAGUUUAUUAAAAAUAAUAUUGAAACAUUAAAUGACAUGAAUGAAGAAGAAGCUUAAUUACUUUAAGAAACAUUUAAGAAUACACUUGAGAAUUCCAAAUAAGGAAAAAUUGCAAAAUAUGAUCCCAGGAUGUAAAAAAUAUAGGAAAUCAGACAAAAAACUGUGAAAUUUAUUCUUACACAUGAAUGA